ACUUUGGUUAUUGACUAUAUUCAUUGACAGAUACAGCAGGAUACUACUGCUUGUGAAUUUGUCGAAGAUAAUGCUAUUCAUUUUGUGUUGACCGGCGAAGCAUUACAAAUGCUGAUUGACAAUCAUUCGCCUGAUUAUGAAAAAGAUUGGGAACUGCCAGUGACGGUUGUGGAAUGGAAAGAUAAAGAUGAAGCAACGUUGAAUGGAAAUCAAACUAUAUUCAUAGACAAUCCUUUACCAUCAAAAACGAUGACACCAAGAGAAGUGAAUGUGAUGUAUUUUGGCGAUGAGCUGUGCCGAAUUUUGAAGAAGCCUUUAGACAGUAAUAACGACAGUGGAAACCAAACAUAUGCAACAAAGACUCAAAAAAAUUACAUAGAAGAAAGAGAUUGCCGUGAAUCGGUGAAAAAUGAUUGUAAUUUAGUAAAGGAAGCCAUGAAACACGAUAAUGAUUUGACUAUUUGUGAAGAAAAUAUUCCAAUAGGAAAUCGAAACGACUUGUCUUCUGAUUCUUCCUUAAAAGAUGCUUUUGUUGUUGACGACAAAGUAUCUAAUGAUGGUGAUGAGAUGUCGCAACAUGAAGAUAUGGACAAGGAAAAAAUUCAGAAUUUAUCCCAAUUCACCUACAGUCUUUGGACAUUUGGCACUUUAAAUUUGUUAAUAAGAACGUCUGAUUGUGGCUUGCUUCACCAACCUAAAAGAAAAUCAGGACGAGGCGCUUUACAUCCAGUCAAUGUAUUUAUCAAACCUGAAUAUCAACUUUGUUAUGGAUAUGAAAAAAUAACUAUGAGUGAAGCAUCAAGAUGUUGGAUACAUACUUACUGCAACCUAGAGUCAGUUUGUGUUUGUGCUCGAGUGUCUUUUUUAACUGGAGAAUUGUUGAAAUUGGAUGUUCUUAAUCAAUCAGACAUUUUAGCUCUUUCUUCCUAUGAUCCUGCUAAGCCAAUGAAGGCAAUUCAUGGAAUUUUCACACGACUGCAAAAACUAUUGCUACCAGGCAAAUACAUUUUGUCUCAUUCGGCAAAUGAUUUACACAUUUGUGUUUACAAUGUAGCAAAGGACGCGACAAAGAAGUCCGUAUAUGACCUUCAUCUUGCUCACUCAAACAAUUUCUUGGUACAGUACGAUAAAAAUGUCCCUUGGGUUCCUGUUGAUCCCAACAUUUUUCUGGACUGGCAUAUUGCUUUUAAUCGCAUUCCCUUGACGUUUCCGCCAGUGUCCACGGACAAAUCAAGAAAGGUUCAUUUGCAAAAUUCUGCUCAAGGAAAGAAAAAUAGUAAGGCAAGCAAAAAAAAGAAGAAAAAAGGAGGAAAGCAUGUUAAUUUUAAUGUUGGAAUACAAUCAAAGAACAAUACAUUUCAAAUAAGUGAUGAACAAGAGAUAGCUGGCAUAGCUGAACGUUUGCGUAGCAAAGCAAGACCACUUAGUCUCUGGCUGCUACCGGUUCCUCCGAUAUUAGUUAUUAACAUUGGUUACUAUGUAACCUAAUAAUAACAUAUCAUUGAAUGGUCCAAUAGAUUUUCGUUCUUAUUGUUA